UGCACCCGCCUUCAUUUUAAACGUGGAUACACAUCGGUUAAACAUAGUAAUGAAAUUCACGAUCUGUAUUGUUCAUGUUAUUGUUGUUAUAUGGAUUAUGUUGGUGACAGAUUCUGUUGGACAAUCAGUUGAAUCAACAUGCCCUGAGGAUGGCGUCAAAGUGAACGUUUGCAAAGAUGACGGGGCUACUAAUAUUAGUAUGGUAUAUCUGGACACGAGUUCGGCCCCUACAUUCGAAAAAGCUGCUUGCAAGUGUUCCAUGGCGUCUGUACAUCCUAUGUCAGUGACGGCAUCAUUUGCCACGGACUACAACCCAGACACGAUCACGAUAUUGUUUGUGUUUCCCUCAACUAAUUUAACUUGGAACAAUCAAUAUCGGUUUGAUGUCAAGGAUAAGCCUAUUGAGUUUUGGUACAGGAGCAGGAAAAAUCAUCGAACGUAUCCAGCAUGUCUCAAACUAUCAGUUCCAGAUGACGAUGGUAACAUAAAUCAACAUUUCAAUGUAAGCUGUCAACGAUCCGUACGUUCAUCAUCUACGACACCAACAACACAAACAUCUAGUUUCGUUGGAAAGAAAAAGCCGGAGUCAAACUAUGUUCCAACUGCUAUUGGUGCAAGUGCUGGUGUUCUUUUGAUAGCUGCCAUCAUUGCUGCGGCGAUUAUUUUUAUUAAACGCCGGCGGAACAAGCCCGAAGAAACCCCAAACGAAAACUAUGACCAUAAAAUGGAAAAUCAGAUGAACACCAUUGCGAACACAAAACAGGGCAUUGAUGAUGCGUCGGAUGAUAACUAUAAAGAGAAUAAGAAUAUUUCGGAUACAUACACAUCCGUAGGCUAUGAGAGUGCAGACGACCAUAGUGGCAUUAAUCCAGUCGAAGGAACUUUUUGUACGAAGGCUGCCGACGGCUAUUACAGCACGGUUUCCAAAGAUCGUAACCGGAAUGUAAAAAAGAAAAGUGAUACUAGUAAGCAUGAUAUUAAUGUACUUGGAACAAGAGGCAAUGAUGAACAAGCAAUAAAAACUCACACACAGCAUUGUAUCAAUGCAGCAUUUGAUGGAUCUUCAGAUGUAUAUAACCAUCUUAACGAAAAGGUGACAGUACAACCCGCGAACGUAUACGGUAGACUGACAACAGAUGCGGACCAUCCCAAAGACUUUCUAAAUGAGUAUGAUCACAUCAGACAAUCAACAGAAGAAGUGUUAGAAAGCAAGGAUGAAACAUAUGACUCUGCAACAUAAGACAUUUAAACCCUGAAAUGCGAGACAAAAGUAACUUUAUUUAAGUAUAUGUUUUUAGUUCUGAGUACAGUCGAACCCCGUUGGCUCGAAAUAUCAGGGACCGGCCAAAAUACUUCGAGCCUCGAAAAGUUCGAGCCAAGCGGGAAUACUUACAUUCAGUAAAUAAAAUCGGUCCUUUACAUCCAAUUCGAGCCAACGAGGAAACAAAGCGAGUUCGAGCCAACGUGGAUCGACUGUAUAUUGAAAUAUUGUGUGAGCUUUUAUAUUUAUGCAAUGAAAUAAUGCUUUGCUAAGUAUAUAAUCGGAGCUCUACCAUGUAUAUCAAUACAAAUACAUAGAUAUUACCAAUGUAUAUCAAUAUGAAUAUAUAGAUAUCUACAAUGUUUAUCAAUGUGAAUACAGAUAGAGAAAUUCAAAACGUAUGUCAAUAUGAACCAAUAUAGAUUUACAGUGUAUAACAAUAUGAAUAAAUAGUGAUUUACAAUGUAUAAAAGGGAAAAGUGCAACAACAAAUUAAAAUAAAAUAAAGUGCCUAGCGAUCCAUUUGAAAUAUUCAAUGUUCAUGUGUAGUGAAAGUUCAGUCAAAUUAAAAAAUCUUUACUUUUCAGGCUUUUGAAAUAAGACGCCAUUUAGUAUAUGACUGACGUGCUUUUACCUGAUACAAAUUGAAUCGAAUACAUGUUGUCUCUCCCGACAUGAAUUUUUUUUCCUUCGAGUAUAUAAGUUUCAUAUUGCUAUUUUGAAUAUAUAAUGUAAACUUACUAUGCCAGAUGACAUCUUGCUGUACCAGUAUAUUAUUAUUAUACUUUGUUGUUAAUUCUGCUAUGCUAUGGAUCUUGUCAGAUUUGUUUGCAUAAUAAAGUCUUCUUCUUCUUCA